AUGAGGCCAUUGUUCCCAUCUACACUACGCCUGGCACCCACCGAAACUACCACUCGCCCGUCGGAUACCAUAGAGGGUGACCAAAAUGAAGAAGAUGAAGAUGGCGCUAGCGAGAGUGGAUCAGACCAAUCUAGCUCGUCGGUGGCCAGUGGCACCUGGCCCCCAGCUGAACACAUCCACGAAGAAGAUAUCAUCGAGGCCCUUGGGACCUAUAUUCCCGCUCGAGAAAUCACGGAUCCAAUUGAUCGGGCUCGCGUUGCGGAUGCCGUUUAUCACAGAAUGCGCGAAGAUGAUCAGAGACGUGUGUUUGACGCUCGUCAGCGUGGAAUCAACGAGCGUUGGAGGCGCCGGGCUUUCUAUACAGACGAAGAAGACGGCGCUACUGUCCCUGCAGGGUAUGAAAGGGAUCCAGCCAUCGACGACUCCAGCGAUGAAGACCUAGAUGAAUCCGAAUCGCGCCCACCCUCUUUCCGUUCACGAUCCUCAUCCAAAGUGCGAUUCCAGGAUGAUCUCAAUGAUGAUGAGUACGACAUUCGAUCUAACCCAUCAACCUCGUCACGAAGUAUUCCUGUUGGCGAGCGAUGGGGUGGAUUUGAAAUCCCAGAGGUCGAAAGGGACGUUGGAAAAGAAAUCUUGUAUCAAGUCACGCAGGAGGGAUUCAACGAGCUUCUAGAUAUUCUGUUCAAGCCGAAAGAAGACCUUAUGAUGGAGGUCUAUCGCACGCGAGCUGAUCGCAAGGUCUGGGCCCACGAGAUUGAACUCGCAGGAAAUGAGGACCCUUCAAAACGCACCCCAACUGAGAAUCCUCCAGCUGAGGAGGAACUCGAGGAAAGUAUCAACGACCAGCCACUUGAUGAUCUAUUACAGCGCACUGGUUACGGGAUUCAGAGCCCAGUCCUAGCGCCUGCCAAUACCGGACCAGUGCUAGCUCCUUCGUCGCCGGAGCCCACCGCCUCAUAUGAUGAUGGUGUUGAAGAUGAAUAUGAAGAUGAAGAUGACGAUGAUGACGACGUGCGCCCAACUCAUCUCGCCGAUCCCGGGGAAGAUACUGGAUUUGGGCAAGCACGGCCCUUUGAGGAAUCCGACACAGCAUCCACCACUUCAUCUUAUUAUGACGAUGAUGUCGCUGCCUCUCAAGCAUCUGAUGCGAGGCCAUCGGGCCCGAUUGUUGAAGAUGAUACACCUUACUAUGAUCCAACGCUCCCACAGCAUCGUCCUGACGAGCCAUUUGUGAUGACCCCAGAAGUGAUCGAUGAAUCAGACUCCGACCCCGAAGAAUCACCAACUACAAGCACAACCCCUGGUCUCCCUGCUCAGUUCCGACUCCAGCCCGGGACCACUUCUCUUCCCGCCCCGUCUUCUCCUCACUCCUCCCCAGAAGCUGAAGCCACAGCCCCCAAGCUUCCUCCUUCUCCUAUGCAACCACUCCCACCUCCUCACCGAGUCAAUGACCAGCCUCGUGAAGCUCCUGCCCCACGCCGACCUUCGCCCCGGACUCUAGCCCGGUGGGUCUAUUUAGACCAGGUAGAACGUGAAAACAAGGAACGUGGCAAUGGUGCAAGACUCAACUUCGAAGAGUUCUCGCGCCGUAUGGCUGCUGAUCGGGGACGCCGACUGGCCUUUGUGGCCAGUUGGAUUGAGAUGGCUAGCUUUUGA